AUGACGGACCUGCAGAGGCUCGAGGACACACAGAAGGCCUGCAAGAAGCUCCGUGAUGGAUUGGAAGCAUGGCUUGGAAAGCCAUCAUCAAAGAAAGGCAAACAGGAAAACCCUUUAUCAGAGCUAGCUGCCGCAGAACAGAAAGCUGCAGAUUUGUUUUCGGAUCCCUCGUUGAAAUCAACCCUGACAGCCCUGAGCGGUGCAACCUCGAAAUUGGCCACUGAGAAUAUCUCACUUGUUUCCGAGGCAAACGCAAAGGUCUUAUCAGUAAUCGAUGCGUUUUUGGAUUCAACAUAUCCAACGCUUUCGAAAGAACUGAAAGCACAUGACUUGGCUAAAGCUGAUUAUGAAAAAGCCCAAAAGAAUUGCGAGAAGAUCACCAAAGUGGACAAAAAAGAGAGGGCCGAGGCCGAAGUCAAAGCAAAGAAACAGAACUACGAUGCUCAGGCAGCGAGGGUAUCUUCGCUUAUCAAGCAGUUGGACGAUGCAUAUGUGAGGAGUUAA